AGUUUGGCAUUACCAAUAAGCAAGACCAAAAAAAAAAAAAACUGUUCUCAUCCAGACACGCGGAUCUGCUUUCAUAAGUUUAUGAAGCCGUUGUUCAUGGACAUCAGCGCAACGCCCGAUCUAGGGAAGGGGGCUGCGAGUGGUGAAAUCCUGUGCAAUCUCCCAGAUUUUAAAAUGUAUAUAAAUUUUUUUUAAUAAAAAAAAACAAAAAAAAAACAUGGUGACAAAAUAUAAAUUUUGGCCAGAACGAUAUAAGAGCAAGAUAUAGGCAUCCAUGACACAACUAGAGAUUUGUAGAUGAAACUGACCGUGAUCUCAUUUGUUAGGGUUUCAUUCAGUGGUUCUGGAGAGAGCACAUAAAAUCAGAUAACAUUUUCCGAUAUUAUAGUGAGUUGUUUUUUUUUAAAAUUAAUUUAUAAUGAAUAAUGAUAAAGUGCAAUAUAUUUAAUGGGAUUUCUAAUAGAUCUAUAUCUAUAUAUAUUGAUCUGAAACCUAAAUAUGCCCACGAGGGUUUAAGAGACAACAUAAAAGUAUCAUAAUAAAGAAUUGAGUCAAAGCAGGUCUGAGGCUUUGAAAUGAAAGUACCCGUUAACUAAUAAACUUGAAAUAUCCCAGACAAGCGUAUCAUAGGCCGCUUUGAGUAAAGAUUAAAAUAUCAAUAUUUGAGUAGAUUAAACAUUGACUCAAUUCACCAAAUAAUUUUGAUGGUCCUAUUUGACUUGGCUCUUUGUUCAACAUAAUUUAUUUAUUUGUUUUAAUAUUAAAAUUCUUUUUUAGGUUUAAGACAAAUCAAGAGAAAAAAAUGUAGGAACUGGUUUUUGGUUAGUUUAAAUGAACGCUACAAUUUUUUUUUAUUUUGUAUAAACAAUUUCGAACGAUUUAAAAAAUCUAUAUAUAUAUAUUGGUUUUUAUUGAAUUGCGCCUAGCCCCCUUUCGAUCGCACCCAUUUCUUGUUCUAUCGCUAAAACUGUAUCCCCAUUAAAAAUAUAUUAUACAAUAUUUUAUACAUAUAUUCCAAAGGCUAGAUAUACAACAUUAAACCCAUCCUUAACUAGGUGACCUGUCUUUAUGAAGUGUCACACUAUAUCACUGGUCAUGUUGAGAAUAUCGAUCAAUCAGCUAGAUUCAACCAUUUAUCUCAUCUAUUCCGGAUGCCGGGCUCCUAAGCCCCACAACCUCCACCAAACAACCAGGAACCCAUCCGCCAUGUGGAAAACCUCAACCAAACAACCAGGAACCCAUCCGCCAUGUGGGGACACCCAACCUCAUUCCCCCCAUCGGCCAUGUCGUUUGCCCUUAACUGACAGAUCGCAAAUUCUGUAUGUGUGUUCCUGUUCAAGACCAUGUUUUAUUUUCAAAACUACUUUUUUUUGAAUUGGUCAAGCUAAUUUUAAGCUGUAGAAAUGCUAAAAUAUAUAUAAAAAAAUAUUUCUUUAUUUUCAGAUCACGAAAAGGGCCGGGGUGGGGUGGGAGGGGGAUUUAUGCAAUUUUUCUUUUAAACGAAAUGAGUAAUUACUUAUUCUAAUUGUUUUGUUUGUCCAACUUCAUUGGACGGAACUAAUUUGAAAUUACAGACAAGACUGAAAAAUAAUCGAGUCCUUCAUCUGGGACUCAGCUUGAAAUCUAUUUUAUCCACCAUAUAUAUUUGAUAGUUUUCAAAGAUUAUUGUAUCAGUUAUUUAAAAUUAAUAUCUAAAGACACGGCUAGUUAUUUAAAACUUUCAUAUAUAUAUAUUUAUUUAUUUAUUUAGGCAUUUUUAUAUAGCGCUUACCUUAAAGCUAUAAGCGCUUUACAGUUAUUAAAAACAUGUAAACUAACUACAAAAAAAAUGAGACAUUAGGAUAGUAACUACUAUACUAUAGAAACAAUUAAAAUGGCUAUAAAACGAGGACACUUUGACACCUUUUGGCCUAUAUUACAGGAUUAACCCGAGACAGAAAAUGAGGCAGGGCAAGGAGAGUGCAUCACAGGUCAUAGGCGGACCUAAACAGAUGGGUUUUAAGGGACUUUUUAAAAGUGGACGAGGUUUCACAAUGACGGAUAUGGAAGGGGAGCUGGUUCCAGAACGUGGGCCCAUGGAAGUAGAAGGAGCGUUCACCGAUGGUCUUAGUUUUGGUUCUUGGGAUUGAGAGGGUUCUAUUGUCAAUGGAAGAGCGUAGUUGUCUAGUGGGGAUGUAAGGAAGCAACAGUUCAGAGAGAUAGACAGGAAAGUGAGGGUCAGUGAACGAGUUGAAGCAUAUAUUGGCAGACUUGUACUUGAUGCGAGAGGAUAUUGGAAGCCAGUGGAGUUGCCGCAUGUGUGGUUGAAUGUGGUCAUGUUUCUUUGAUUUAAAAAUGAGUCUGCAUGUUGAGUUCUGUGCCUUCUCAAGUUUGUCUAUGUGGUGUUAAGGAAUACCUGCGAGAAGAGUGUUAUAGUAGUCAAAUUUUUAAAGAAUGAGUGAAGAGACGAGAGUUUUUGUGGCAUCAAAGGAGAGGAGGUGUCUAAUGGUGCGGAUUUGUCUAAUUUCGUUAUAUGCUGAUCUACAUAUAUCCAUGACAUGUUUGUCCAUGGAGAGGGUGUCUGUAAGUGUGACUCCAAGGUUUCUGGCAGAGGAAGAGAGUGUGAUGUCAGAGUUACCAAUAGAUAUAGAAGAAGGAGCGGAUGGAGGGAGAUGUUUGUUUUGAGAGUGGAUGACAAGGAUUUCCGUUUUAUUAUGAUUUAGCUUCAGUUUGUUGCAAGUCAUCCAACGCUUUACGUCGUCCACGCACUCCUGUAUGCGAAGGAUUGUGUCAUCAAGCUAUAUAUAUAUAAACAAGAACAAUCAAAUUAUAGCAAUUUGAUACAAGUCGUAUAAUGAAAAAAAAUUAUGUGAUGUUUGUAAAUCUGAUAUCAAUACUUUGUACACUACAUAAAGUAAAUAAUAUAGUCCGAAAGAUUCCCUCCCUUUAGUUUCUUCACAGUGCGGCUGAUACCCGUUUCCUUCCCCUUUCAUUUCCACCCAACUUCCUCUCCUGUCGGAUCGUCUCCCAUUGUCCUGGUAGUCACGGCUCACAUUCUCAUUUCUUGAUUAUAAUUAUGUCGUAUUAGGUUCAGUUAUUGAAACUUCGUUUACCCACGGCCGACAACCUCCCACCCCACACAACCCGCUUCCCAAACCAACGCUAGGGCUCAAUGUUAUAGCGAUGACUCAGAAAGUUUAUAGUCGGGUUACUGUUUAAAUUGAUCAACAAGGGCCUACUUUGUCUAAAUGCCAGUGUUUAAAUAAAACCCAGUACAGCAAAAUAAACCGUAAAAUACAUUAUGAAAGAAACACUGAAAUAAACAGUAAAAUAAACACACACAAAACACUGAAAUAAACAGUAAAAUGAACACACAUAAAACGCUGAAAUAAACAGUAAAAUGAACACUAAAUAAACACUGAAAUAAACAGUAAUAUAAACACUAAAAAUACUGAAAUAAACAAAUAAAAUAAGCACUAAAUUACAUUCUGAACUAAAAACCGAAAACACUAAAAUAAACACUGAAAUAAACACUGAAAUAGACACUAAAAUAAUGAUUAAACACUUAAUCAACACUGAAGUAAACACCACUGUCAAGACAAGUGCGAGAAUAUUUACAAAAAAUAUUUUUUCAAAAGUUCAUUAUCGCAAUUAUUUUUUUUCCCCCUUUCAAAUCAAUCUGUUUCAGAUGAAGAUGUCAGGGCUUCUCAGCAAACCCGAUUAUGGCGUCGUCGGCAUUGUCUUCACCGUCGUCUUCUGCUGUUGGUGUUCCUCCUCGACGACGCACGCCCUGUCGAUCGCGGAGCCAGGGAGGGAUCGGUACGACAAGAGGUCCCCCACGGGCCACGGUGUCGAGGUCGUGGAGGUGGCCCAGUCUGGCGAGGACUACGGGUCGAACAGACCCCAACCCGUUUACGGCGAUGAGGACGAAGAAGACUCCGCGGACGUGUACGUCGGCUCCGAUGAAAGCUCCAGCGGCGAAAAAACGAGGCUCACCGCCGCCAAGAGGCGCCUCCGCUUUAACAAGAGGCGUCUCCGGGACAGCAAGAGGAGGCUCAGGUUCCACAAGAGGAGAGUCGACUCCGCCGACGAAUCGAACGACGACGGCUUUGACCGAAAAGCGCGCGAACCGAGACUGAGGUUCCAUGACGUCAGAAAGAGAUCCGCCACGGCCGAAGAGGGAUCCGAAAACGCGGAAAUCGAAGAGUCCCAUCUCGGGAAUUCCCGAAGUCGCAGAUCGGCCGGCUCCGCACCGAGCUCGGCUAACGAGGUCCAACAUUUCAAACGACGUUCAAUCACCAAUGACCUGCGGGCUAUCGCUGACAGUUACCUGUACGACCAGCACAAGCUGAGAGAGCAGCAAGAAGAGAACCUAAGAAGACGUUUCUAUGAGCUCAGUCUUCGACCAUAUCCCGAUAAUCUUUAGGGAACCUCAGACUGAUUACCAGCCUUUUAAA